CGUUGGACAGCCCCGUUAAGCGCGGAUCCUAACAUGCCGUUUGAGAAUUCCGAAAAUAAUCACCCGCUUCUUAUUACAUACAUUUCACACUGAAUCUGAAUGCAAAUAUUUAAUUGCACACUUUUUAAAACUUAAAAGUGAUUUUGAUUAUGAGUUAGGCUGUUUAGGUUGCAUUUAUUGUUGUUUUUUAAUCCCGAGUGUUUUGUUUACACUUAAAUAAUGCAUUUUUAAAAACAAUCAAACUAAACUGUGUGUCAUAAUCAGGCACCGAUAACAAGAUAUUGAUAUUGUGCAUCGCUAUGAUGUUGGCGCUGCUGUUUUGUUCAUUUAAAGUGAAGUUAGUAGUAAAACCAAGUCUUGUCUGCUAGUUCAGACAUUUGUCUGUCAGUGUUUCAAUGCGAGACGUGAUGGAGGGCUUCAAGGAAACAAGAAACUCUAAAACCCUUGGAAGUUUUUCGAUAUCAAAAGGAUCUCCAGUGGAGCCCUGGCACAGUACUCCUCUAAAAAAGAAUCUUUUUGCUGCUAAUGAGGCGCCAGAUUUUUCCUCCACCAAACUCAGAGAUGAAAACAGAACAAGGCCUGCGAGACUGAGUCUACAUGACCUCUCAGAACCAAUGUCCUCUUUCUCAUUAACACAGGACUUCCAGAUCCCAGUUAAUGGAUUGGAGGUCUCCACUAUCCAGAGGCAGCGUCUGGAGCUGCAGCUUCUCAUAGCAGAACUGAAGGACCGCGACCAGGAGCUCAACACCAUGGCAGCAGCCCAUCACAAACAGCUGUUGUCCUGGGAGCAGGACCGUCAGAGAGUGCUGAUCCUGGAACAGAGAUGUGCCCGACUGGAGGAUGAGCUGGAGAAGCGUAACGAGUUGAUCAGAGCUCUCAGUAAGAGGACGAAGGUGGCUGAAUCGAGAGAGAAAGACUUGUACAGAGAGCUCAACAGCACACAACAGCAGCUUCACGAGCUGAGCUGCACACAGAUGAACACCACCAGACAUGAGCAGGACAUGGAGGAGCGGAACCAGAGUCUGAACUCCACGGUCAUGAUGCUGUCAUCACAGGUGGGACAGCUGCAGGUGCGCGAGGAGGAGCUCAGCUCCAUGCUCAAACUGAAGGAUAAAGAUAUGAUUGAGGCCACCAAUCACAUUUUAGAGCUCUCUGGUCGUCUUUGCGAACUAGAGAAAUCACUCGAACAGCUGCGAACACGUGAGAGCAAAACACUGCAAGAAAUGGAGGAACACAAACACCGUUUCAGAGAGAGCAGACACAAAAACGCACAGCUUAAAGCCGAGCUUCAGGAGAAAACCAUCGAGAACAACAGCCAGAGAGAAGAGCUCAUCCGCUAUAAGCAGGAAAACCAGCUGUUGAAGAAAGACAUCACUUCUGUUGAACUUCAGAUGAUGAAUGAAGAUAAAAGCUGGAGGGAUGAUUUACUUGAACUCUCCCGAUCAAAACAAGCUCGAGUGGAAUCUGAGCUGCUCUGUCUGCGGCAGGUGUGUGAAAGCCAACAGAAUGACCUCCAGCUGCUGAAGUUGAACUUGGAGAGCGCCAGAGAGACACUCCGACAUCAUGAGGGUCAAAGGUCACAUGAGAGGGCUGAUUCUGGUUUAGGAGACAGUCAUGUGCUAGAAAACAGUGAUCAUCAGGAAGGGACAGAACUUGAAACAGGGCUAAUGUCCACCCUGUGCCAUAGCACAAGUGGAAAUGCCCCAUCGAUUUUAAUGCAGCGUCCUUGUGUUGAAAUGGAAACACAGACUGACUUUGAGCAUGACUUUGGCACGGCUUUGAGCACCACAAACCAUGAAUUCACAGAGCUUUCAGCUGUAGUGGAAAGUUGCUGUGGUGCCAACAUUAAGAACAGCUGUGCGACUAGCCAGUGUGACAUCAGUGAACAAGAAUCACCCAAGAUGGAAAUGAGGGAAAGAGCGAACAACUGUGUUGAGCCGUCAUCCCAGUCUCUCUGCUGUGAUAAUGCUGACAGCCCAUCAGAAGAGCCACACUGUCAGGCAGUGUAUUGUGACACUAGAGCUGAUGUGGAUGUAAUGGCUGUCAUUGACUAUGAUUCAGAGACAGGAACUCCUGUCUGUGUAGUCGAUGUGGAUAUCAGUCCAAGAAUCUCUUGCACAGCAGAUCUGAGCCUUCUUCAUCUGGAUUGCCCCUCCCCCUGUCACAGAAGUAGGCGGAGCUCUGUCUGUUUACCCGAUUCUACGCUUAGCAUUGAACUCUGUGCAAAUGAUGUAGCUCGCCAUGGCAAUGAGGAGGGCUACAUCUCGUCCACAUCACGGUUACAGCGUCUGCUGGCCGAGUCUCAGGAAAUGGUGGCAAGUUUGGAGAAUUCUACCAAGAAAUCUGUGAGCCCAACGAAACCUCAGAGCCCAAUGAACCGUGAUGUCAUUUGUCACCUCCAAAGUAAUCAUGGCAACGGCAGCCACUCCCAAUCCUCCACCCUUAGCCAGGAGGGCAGACAAACACACGGGGAAAGAGACUCCCAGAUCGAAAGCAGCCCACGUUUGCAUCAAGGAAACAAGUAAUGUGGUCCAUAAAGCCAGCAGAAGCAGCGAAUCCCCGCUUACUUCCAUCUUCUCCACAGCUUCUGAAAAUAAAUCAGUUCUUUGCAACCAAAGAGGAGUUUUGUGAAGCUAACAAGUAGUUUUAACAGAUUUACAUUUUUAUCAAAGUCUAUUUUUAUGAUACGUGUAUUAAAAUAAGCAUUAAUGAUUAAUGCUACAGAAGCACUACCUCUGAACAAUGUAAAGACUGUCGUUAUUUAUAAACUACUUUCUUCAAGUGUUAAACCUGUCAUACAAGAUGACACAGUGGUGCUGGUUGUUUUUUGUGUCAUUCCAGUUUCACUGUCAUCAAACAGGUUUGGUUUCAGAGAUAAUGAACUGUGAUGUGGCUCUUGUCCCGAUCAUUGUUUCACACCUGAAAUGCAGUCUUGUUCUCACAGUAAGGACAAGGAGCCACCGAAAUUUGCCUGAUCUCAGGACAUUUGAAAGAACAAUAAAGGUCUUUACAUGCUGUC